CUCUGCACUCUGACGCGCUUUGUGAAAGAUUAGCUAACGCGGGCUAGCCUGAUAUGGAAGAAGAGGGAGCAAGGCUGAGGGUCUACCUGAGAACAGCGGACUGGCUGGGACUAGUUCCGAGGCGUGAUUUGGAAAGAUAACGCUACAUACCGGAAGCCUGGGGAAUGUCCUCCUGGCUUAGGAGAAAAGAAACACCACAGAGAGAGCUAAAACCACGGGACAGUCACAUUUACUAGUAAAACAUGAAGCUGACAGCUGCGGAGUGCCCGAUAACUACCCGCCACCGUCGAGCUUAGCUCCCCGUGGCUGCAGCUGGACGUCAGCGGCGGCACCACGGGCUGCGUUAUAGCCAACGGGAAUCUUUGUUCGCCUUUUUUUUUUUUUUCUUUUUUUCCAUGGGACACAACUGGGCUUCCCCUUCGCUGUGCCGUUGUUUUAGCGCCCUGACAAGAGCAGUAUUCGGCUGGUAUCGAGUGGCCGCUGUGAUCCCCACAUCUUAUGGACUCCUAACACCCGAAGUUUUUUGGCUUUUCUAACGGACGCAGCAGUCAUGUUUGCCGUACGAAUCGUCACCGCAGACUACUACCUUGCAAGUCCCGUUAAAGACCUGGACGUCUGCUAUUCUGAAUUCAGGGAGAGCGACGUGAAGAAAGUGCCGGUGGUGCGGAUAUUUGGAGCAACACCAGCAGGCCAGAAGACAUGUCUCCACCUCCACGGUGUGUUUCCCUAUAUCUAUGUGCCAUACGACGACUGUGGGCAACAGCCAGAGCGCUACCUGCGGCAGGUGGCCUUCAGCAUCGACAGGGCCCUCAAUGUCGCCAUGGGAAACCCCACCUCAAACAACCAGCAUGUCUUUAAGGUGGUGCUGGUCUCUGGCAUGCCUUUCUAUGGUUUUCAUGCCAAGGAGAAGCGCUUUAUGAAGAUCUAUCUGUACAAUCCUCAGAUGGUCAAGAGAGUGUGUGAGCUGUUGCAAAGCGGAGCCGUGAUGAACAAGAGUUACCAGCCCCACGAGGGCCACAUCCCUUACCUCCUGCAGCUCUUCAUAGACUACAACCUGUAUGGCAUGAACCUGGUUAACCUGGGAGCUGUCAAGUUCCGAAGGAGCCGGAAAAAAGAUGAAGCAAAGGCAGACUCAGAAGGAUCUGCUUCCAGCAGCAUCAGCCCCUGGAAGAUUCCCUGUGCAUCCAAGCUCAGCGACAGUACCAUUGGAGGCACGUUCGUCCGCUGGGAGGAGAACGCCCUACCCUGCUCUUUAGUCCUGGAUGAGGUGGAGAAGCAGAGCACCUGCGAACUGGAGGCUGAUGCCGCUGCUGUAGAUGUCCUCAACCGCCUCGAUAUUGAAAAUCAGAUUGGCAGGAACCCUGGCUUGCAGGCCAUCUGGGAGGAUGAGAAGCAGAGGAGGAGGGAGAAGAACCAGCCCUCCCAGAUGGAAACUCCUGAGUCACAAGAUCGUGGUUUUGUCACCUCAACAGAGAGUGAGAAAAUCUUCAUGAAGAGAGUCAAGGAGAUCCUCAAGGACAGCGAGUUUGACGUGACACAAGAUCUGUCUGUCGGUGAUGGGGAGAACCAAGAGGAUUUCCCCGGUGAACUUACGCUUCACUUUGACCCCCUGACCCCAGACGGACUCCUGUGUACGCCUGCUAAUGCUUUGGAGGUGCACAGGGACUCACAGCCAGACCCUGCGAGGAGCGCUGCGAAAGUCCCAGAGGAAGCUGUUGUUGAUGAAGAGGCCAUCCUGAGUCUCCUGGAGAACAGUCAGACUUUUCUCCCACACUCUCAGGCAUCCAACCACUCGCCCCUCUUAGACAGCAGCCAAGACCACGCCAUCAUUGAUUUGUUGGCAGGCUUGGAGGACGAUGGUUUCUGCAGGACCCCCGCUGGGCAGAAUUCCCAGUCCCUUUCACUCCCUGGUGCCAUGAACUACCACUGCAACAGUGAUGAGGAGGAAGCAGGCCCAGAGCGGGACAAGGAAGAGGCAGAACUCAGUGUGAUGAUGUCGCAGCGGUGGGACAGCGACCCUCCUGGGAGUGCUUCCUCUCAGAGACGCUGCAUGAAGGAGACAGAGAACUGCUUCAGUGACGUGCAGCAGGAGUCCUCCGACGAAGACGUGGAGUGGAGUGGAAACAGCUCUCUGUUCGCCAACCUGUCCAUCCCACAGCUCGAUGGGGCAGCAGACGAGAGCAGCGAUUCCUCCUUAACAGACAGUGGCUCCAUGACCCAGUCUUCGCUUACAGCUGCAGAAAAGAUGUUGGGUAAAAGAAAUCCCAUCCCUGGAGAGACAGUCCACCUGGAGCCACCGUCCACUGCAAAGAUCCUUUUGGAGUGCAAGCAUCCCGAGCACAGACCAGUUCAUGUGCUGGAUACAGAGCAGCCACUCGACAAGCACUUUCAGUUAAAAAGCAGCCAGGACAGCAGCAGUGAAUGUUUGACAGGGUUCAAGGUGAAUAAAGAAAUCCCCUAUAUCCAGCCGGUCAAGCACCCUAUCCCCUGCAUAUUAGCCAAUCACCCCGAGGUGUCUCCCAUCUGCAUGGACAAAGAGGACCUACGACCUUUGUACACCUAUGACAAGAAAGCCUCUAUAGCUUUGGAUAAGGCAGAUCUAGAAAGUUUCCCAUUUGGUAAUGGAAAGGUCACCAAGAAUAGGAAUAAGUAUGGCAGUAUAAAGAAUGUAGAAACAAACUGUCUGAACAUUCUUCAGAACCACAUUCUCUGUUAUUCUGAGCUGAGAAACUGCUCAGCAAAAUCUGACCUGGAACUGAGCACAAAAGACAGUAAAAGCCCCCUUCUGAGGAACAUCGCAUCAGCCCCAUCGACCAUGAAGGAGGAUGAGUUCUUUGAUCCUCACGAGAACGAAAUUGGUAAAGACAGCGAAGAGGGAGAUGUUGGUGAACUGAAAAUCAGGUACGAGGACUAUCAGGAAAACAAGACUGAGAGGACUAUUGUCGCCCAGCAGGAGGCACACUACAAGUUUUUCCCCAGUGUCAUUCUCUCCAACUGCCUCAGCAGAAAGAAAGCUGGAAACAAGAAAGUGGCUGACACCUGCAGCAAGCUGGAACAGGCCCAGCCUCGCAGGUCUAAGCUGAAGAUGAAUAAAAAAAAGCUAGGUAUGACAGGACAUAGGAACAAAUUAAAGACGGUCCAAAGCUCUACCCCUGACAGCCAGAUUAGCACUGGUCUCACCUCAGUCACACCUGCUAGUCCAGUGACUACAGACACAGAAAUGCUGGUUUCUGAGGAUCAUCAGGAUUUACAAGAGGCUGAGUUCAUUAAAGAUGAACCAAUCGGAGAGAAGGAGCCCGCUGUGAAAAAAGAAGAAAGUGAGGAGAGGUCCAUAACUGAACAGGCAGAACCACAUUCAGCACCCCUUGUCUCCAGCUCUGCCACCAACUCCUGUUUUUCUGAGGAAACUAGAGACUCUGCUGAGGAUAAGGUAAGCCCACUGCAGGAUUUGUCCACUAAAGUCACGUGUACUAAACCAUCAGCACUACCUGGUAGUAAAUACACCCUGAGGGCCAAACGAAAGAUGAAAUAUGAUGCAGAGGAUGGGGAACACUCAGGUGCUACUUGUUCUAAAAACCUAGCCUCUGUCAAAGAACGGCUCAAGGAUGGCGAUGUCUCCAGUGGGCAAGAAGUAAAGUACCAGAAAAGACGCAAAAAGGAGCCUCCUAUCAUCAUCAAGUACAUUAUUAUCAACAGGUUCAAAGGACAGAAAAACAUGCUGGUGAAAAUGUCCAAAGUGAAUGCAGCUGAGCAGUUGGUGGUGUUGACGCCAGACAAGCUAGAACACUACAAUAAAUUGGCUCCACUGAAGGAUUUCUGGCCAAAGGUGCCAGAGUCCACUGCCAUCAAGUUUCCUGUUACUGAGCCAAAGACCAAAAAACAUCACAAAAGAAAGGCAAAAGUUAACUCCACAAAUAAGAGAAUGAUCAACAACUCCUCCAAACCUCAGAUCAAACAGGGUGAAAGGAUUAAAAGGACUAAAGGCUGUCAAAAAGGCCCAAUUCUGCCCUCUCUGCCACCCCCUCGGCCAUGCUACUGCGAGCUAGCAGAUGACCAUGAUAUUGAUUAUACAGAUGUCAUGGUAGAGCUGGGCUACCUCUCUGAUAGAUCCCAAAGCCCUAGAGACUCAACACCUCCACGUUGUUGGUCCCCAAGUGACCCCCUCAUGUAUACCAGGAGUUCAGAGGAGCUGAUCAAUCCGUUCAGUGACCCCUGUCUUGGUUCUGCUUUUCAAACGCCACAUAGAUUAUCUUCAGCCAAAGGAGCACAUAGUAAGCGUCAAACUGCCAAACCCAAGAGGCUGUCAGAUGCUAAAAGGAAAUCUAGCAAGUCUGCUUCCAAGCCUCCAGGAGCAGAACAACCCAAAAAUGAGAAAUCAAAACAAGGUAGUACUGCCACUCCAAGGCAGAGGAAGAAAGCUGAAACUGCUGUCAACAGCUCUGCAAACACUACAAGACCUAGAAGGUCUCGUAAAAAGAAAACUGAGGAACCCAAAAGGCGUGACUCAAGUAAAGGGAGCUCCCAGCUCCUUUUCCCAGAGGAUGAGUUGCCUCUUUCUGAGAGCUCCUCGCAAGAGGUUCCUCCAUUUCAGCAGCCUGUGGGCAAAGACAGCCAGGGCAGAUCCCAGACUCCAUCUACACAUGACUGGAACUCAGUAGCCAAGUUUAUCAAACCAAAGGUUGAAGACUGUGAGACUUCCAUCAUGGAGGUCAACCAGAGCAUUUCAGCACCUGCUCAGAUGAAGCAGCAAGCUUGCCAGACCACUGUGGUUAAAGCAGAAGAUUCACAGGACGAGCGCAGCGGUCCUCUGUCUCCAGCACAGGAGCAUAAUAAAAAUGCCCAGCUAGAAGAAGCUCCCCCGUACUCAGGCCCUAAGAACGGGGAGAUCCUCUCUCUCUCUGAGACCCCCUCUGGCUUGGCUGUCCUCAAGAAGCUUCUUCAGACGAGGCAGCAGGAAAAGGCCCUUCCUGUACAAGUUGUUGGUACAGCAAGCCACUCUACAGCCAUAGCCCAGGCGGCAGCACUUCUAAUUCCCACAACUAAACCUUCUAAACCCAGAAGAGCCGUCACCCCCACUUCUCGGAAACCCAAGACCCCAAAAUCUACGACCGCAAAAGAAAAAAAACCCAGAAACAGGAAAAGCAAGACAAGCAGUACUCAGCCAAAUCUGUCAGUAAAGCAGGAGGGUAGCAUGUCAGAUGAAUGCCCCCUGUUCCUGUCAGACCCAGGACUGGACAGCUGCAACUUCAUAGAGGGCAGCUUGUCACCGGAGCUCCCUCACAACUAUACCUUUGAUAUAAAUGCUAUCGAUCAGACAGAGUUCUCCAGUCCAUACAGUGGCAGUCAAUUUGUUUUGACUGAUAAAAACUUACCUGUUAAGUUCCUGAGUGAUAUCAGCCAAGAUGCUGUGUCUGCUCAGACGCUGGGCUCUGAAAAUAAACUUGAUCGGCCAUUUUGUUCUGGGGAGGAUCUUCAAAGGGGCUCUGACUGGAACAAAAUAAGGCCCGUCAGCCCCGACCUUUUAGAUAGGCACGAGAACCGGGAACAUGCAUCAAACCUCGCUUCACUCGACGCCGAGAAAAUCAAGAGCAGAGAGUGGGACUUCUCUUUAGGUAAAGCCCACACGCUCAGCCCCUUUCAAGACUUUCACUGUGAGAGAAAAGAACUGCUCUUUUCAGUUUUCGACCCGCUGCCUUUAAGCUCCGUGUCAUUCGUUGACCACGAGGGCUCGCCAACAAGUGAGCUCCUGGAGGGCAUCGAUGGGCUAACAUCCACCACACCCAGCAGCUCUCCACGCUCCAUCAGCUCACUCUCACAGGUGAGGGCAAGCCAGCUACAGCGAGGCGCAGGGGGAGGAGCCCACAUUCUCAAGCCCCUCAUGUCCCCUCCAAGUCGGGAGGAGAUCCUCAGCACUCUGCUAGAUCUGGAGAUGUCAGAGGCCACCUUCCAGGAGCCUUUCUGCAGUGACCCCUCUGAUGCCCCAGGGAAGCCAAUGGAGGUCGGUGGCCGUAAACUAACAGUGGGCACCCGAUUAGCUCAGGAACUUGCAGAGUUUGGUGGAGACCUGUCUCUGGAGGGCCUCCAUUUCUGGAAGACGGCCUUCUCAGCCAUGACGCAUCCUGCCGCCACUGUUAUCUCAUCUUUCCAAGGAGCAGAGGCUUCAGAGACACAUAAUCAGCAGGCAGAUCCUGACCCAUCCUCAGCCAAUGAUAAGAAGGUUGUCCUUUUGCCCUGUAAAAACCCACCAAGCCGCAAGCAUGUGCAGCUUUGGCUGAAAGCUAGAAAGCAGUAUGAGAGUUUACAAAAGGAGAGGAGACAGUCGGGGCUGCUGAAGACAGAAGGGGCUGGUCUGGAGGUGGAGGAGGAGGACGGGGGCCCAGAGAGCACUGACCUGCCAGCUGCUGGCAGCUGCUUGAAGGUUGAGCUGUGUAGGAACCUUUCCAGUAUCAGAAGUGAAAGGAGAAAAAAACAGAACCUGUCCUUAAUCCUGUCUCCCCUGGUGAAUACAGGCUUGCAGUGUAAAUCCACAGAGGUGAGUCCAGUUUCAGAUAAAGGCAGCAUCUAUCUUAAAAAGGAGGACAAAGAUAAAGAUGACAAUGAUGACGAUGAUGAUGAUGAUGAACCAGUCUAUCCAGAGUCCCCAGAGCUGCCAACAUGGCAGCAGUCUCAUCAGCCAAGCCCCUCUGAUUUAGAACAUCCCAGUGAGAAUAAGAAAGCUCAAGACUCUCCAGAACCGUUAUCACCUGGGCUCUCUAAUUCCCCAGAGCUGCUAAGAGGGAACCACAGUCCCUCACUUCUCCCUGUCAGUGGAAGGGAUGAGAGGGGAACUAGUCCCCACCUCCUUCACAGCACCCCGUUCUUAAGGAGGCGGUGGAGACACGAGAAGGAUCUGGAUCCAGUGUGCAGCACGCCCAUAUCUCAGGAGGAUCCUGUUUCUCAGAGACUCCAGCAGAAACGGAGGAGUCAGGCAGACCCGCUGAGAAGAGUGUUACUUACCACACAGAUGAAGAAUCAGUUUGCUGCUUUGAAUGUACCAAAGAAAGAUAACUCUCAGAUUGAAGGGCCCAGUAUAGCCAACUCCUACGGCUUUAAAGUCAGCAUGCAGAACCUACAGGAUGCCAAAGCUCUGCAUGAGGUCCAGCACCUGACACUGAUGGCCAUGGAGCUUCAUGCAAGAACCCGCCGUGACCUCGAACCUGACCCAGAGUUUGAUCCCAUAUGUGCCUUAUUCUACUGCCUCAGUUCAGAUUCUCCCCUGCCUGAUGUAGACGGUACCCAGCUUACGGGGGCCAUCGUGGUGGACAAAGACCAUCAAGGUGGUGGCCAAGCAGGAUCCAGAGGAAGAGCGCCGCUGCUGGUCAGAUCAGGUGUUUCUGGGCUGCAAGUGAUAUACGCUACUGAUGAGAAGAUGCUGUUUGAUGAGUUGAUCACCAUCAUGAGGAGGUUUGACCCGGACAUCCUGGUGGGCUACGAGGUGCAGAUGCAUUCCUGGGGCUACCUCCUCCAGCGGGCCGCAGCACUAGGAGUGGACCUGUGCCAGCAGCUGUCACGAGUGCCAGGUGACUCCAAAGAGAACCGCUUUGCUGCAGAGAGGGAUGAGUACGGAGCCGACACCAUGACGGAGAUCAACAUCAUCGGACGCGUCACUCUCAACCUGUGGAGGGUGAUGAAGACUGAGGUGACGCUGAACAACUACACCUUUGAGAACGUGGCCUUCCACGUGCUCCACCAGCGCUUCCCUCUGUACAGUCCCCGCACGCUCUCUGACUGGUUUGACCACAACACAGACUUGUACAGGUGGAAGAUGGUGGAUCAUUAUGUGAGCCGUGUGCGUGGAUCCAUGCAGCUUCUGCAGCAACACGACAUCAUUGGCAGAACCAGCGAGCUGGCCAGGGUGUUCGGGAUUCAGUUUUUCCACGUUCUGACUCGAGGAUCACAGUACCGUGUGGAGUCCAUGAUGCUGCGCGUGGCCAAGCCCCUAAACUACAUCCCAGUGACCCCCAGCGUGCAGCAGCGUGCCCAGCAGAGGGCACCGCAGUGUAUCCCUCUGGUGAUGGAGCCCGAGUCACGCUUUUACAGCAACUCAGUGGUCGUGCUGGACUUCCAGUCGCUCUACCCUUCCAUUGUCAUCGCAUACAACUACUGUUUCUCCACCUGCCUUGGCCAUGUGGACAGCCUGGGAACGCCCGAUGAGUUUAAGUUUGGCUGCACCUCCCUGCGAGUUCCUCCCGAGCUCCUCUACCAGCUGCGCAACGACAUCACCGUGUCACCCAGCGGCAUCGCCUUCGUUAAGUCUUCGGUGCGUAAAGGUGUCCUGCCCAGCAUGCUGGAGGAAAUCCUCAACACGAGGAUCAUGGUGAAGCAGUCCAUGAAGACCUACAAGCAGGACAAAGCCCUGCUGAAGCUGCUGGACGCCCGGCAGCUCGGACUCAAGCUCAUCGCCAAUGUCACUUUUGGAUACACCGCUGCCAACUACUCCGGACGCAUGCCCAGCGUGGAGGUUGGAGACAGCAUUGUCCACAAAGCCAGAGAGACCCUGGAGAGAGCCAUCAGGAUGGUUAAUGAGACGAAAAAAUGGGGAGCGCGUGUUGUGUACGGAGACACCGACAGCAUGUUUGUUUUGCUGAAAGGAGCCACCAAAGAGCAGGCUUUCAAGAUUGGCAAAGAAAUUGCAGAGGCAGUGACCGCAACCAACCCCAAGCCUGUCAAGCUCAAGUUUGAGAAGGUAUACCUGCCCUGCGUGCUGCAGACAAAGAAGCGCUACGUGGGCUACAUGUAUGAGAGCCUGGACCAAAAGGAGCCCGUGUUUGAUGCCAAGGGGAUCGAGACGGUGCGCCGUGACGGCUGCCCUGCUGUUUCCAAGAUUCUGGAGCGUUCCAUCAAGCUGCUGUUUGAGACACGUGACAUCAGCCAGGUGAAGCAGUUUGUGCAGCGUCAGUGCAUGAAGAUCCUGGAUGGCCGGGCCAGCAUGCAGGACCUGACCUUUGCCAAGGAGUACCGGGGCAGCGGCUCAUACCGGCCUGGAGCUUGCAUCCCAUCGCUGGAACUCACCAGACGGAUGAUGGCCUACGACCGACGGCUAGAGCCGCGUGUGGGCGAGCGGGUGCCCUACGUGAUUGUGUACGGAACACCCGGCGUGCCCCUCAUCCAGCUGGUCCGCCGGCCCACCGAGUUGCUGCAGGACCCCGGCCUGCGCCUCAACGCCACCUAUUACAUCACCAAGCAGAUCCUGCCGCCGCUGGCUCGCAUGUUCCAGCUGAUCGGAGUGGACGUGUUCAGCUGGUACCAGGAGCUCCCCAGGAUCCAGAAGGCGUCCUGCUCCUCUGCAGUGGGCGGGGAGGAAGCAGGGAGGAAGGGAACGAUUUCCCAGUACUUCACUACGCUUCACUGCCCCGUGUGCGAUGAGCUGACCCAGCUAGGCGUUUGCUCACAGUGUCGUGCUGAACCCCAGCGAGUUGCUGUGACACUCUAUCAGGACAUGAGACAGUGGGAGAGUCAGCAAGAGCAGCUGCUGAAGAUCUGCAGGAACUGCAGCGGCUGUGCUGAGCGCCAAGUUCCCUGCGUGUCCCUCGACUGCCCCGUCCUCUACAAGCUGUCCCGAGUAAACAGACAUCUCUCGAAGGCCCCCUACCUCCGUCAGCUGCUGGAGCAGUUCUGAUUGGCUCCACCUGCUGAUUUGGUGCUAAUUGGUGUGUCUCAGCCUCCCAUCUUAGUGUUUGUCCAUUUGGUUGUAACAGUUUCAAUGGUGCUUUGAUUGAGCCCUGACGGGUUUUCUCAUUUUGUCUCGUAAACUGUUAUCAAAGUAUUUUUUUUUUUUUUGAGUAUGGAGACUGUUUAUUUCAGGAACUCUUUUGGGGAGGCCGUGUGUUCGUCGUCAUGCUCAUUUGCUGCCAUCUCCAUUAGCUGCUACGGGCCGAAUGAAGCCGAUCUGUUUGAGGACAGCCACAGACGGCCUGUCACAGAACUGAGUGCAGUCCAAUCAAGGACCGUGUGUCGUACCGUGUAUCCGCUGUAGCUGGUUUUUAAAGAUCUUCUUAUAUUCAGAGACAAACUACACUCAAACCACUAACUGACUCUUUCUCCUUUUUUAUACUGACUGCAGUCUUUUGUAAAUAGUUCCUGUACAGCUCCAUCUACAAUCUCACUGUGCAUUAAAACAACUACAGCUCCAGCCAUGAAUGCAAUCAAAUCAGUUUCCUGUGUUCUCUUGAAGGGUGCCAUUUUUAUGUUCCUUUAACUUUCGCUGUGUCGAUGUCCACUUUGGCAGAUUCGACAGUUCAUACUACAGAGUAUGGGAACUGGAAAGCUUUUUUUUUUUUUUUUUUUUAAAUCUGGGACUGUUGCAAUACUGUAUUUUGAUAAUUUAUGUCAUGAAGAGUAUUAUUUCCUUGUGCAUAUAUGGUUUUGUGUACGUUUCCAAAGUUUACUGUGCAAACCCGUCUUCAUACUACAUUGAAAUCUGAUCGUCAGCUCCUCCCAUACAUACAGCCGUACACAGGAUCUGUGGAUUUGUAAAACUGUAAAAAAUAAAGGAGGAGGUGCUUUUUGUUUGUUUUUAAUGGAUACUGCUGUGGGUGAAGGUUUGAGAUUGAUAUAAUAAAAGAAAUCAAUGUA